UGGGCUCGUCCGCCGGCUUCCGGAAGUGCGUCACGGGCUUGGGCCUCUCUCCUGUGUCGGCCCGCUCGGAACUUCGGCUCGAAACAAAACAGACCGGAGCGGCGGGCGGGGCCGUUUUUAAUGUGUGCCACAUACAGAAGACCCCCGGUUGUAUCUUGGGAGCUCUGACAAGGCCAUGCUUUUGGCAGUAAGCAUUGUAACAGCUGUGAUGAGGCCACUAGUUACUUGCCAGAGAGUUUGACCACAGAGAGUCGCCAAGAUAGCUGGGCCAGGAAGAAAACGUCGCACCCCUGACCCAGACUCCAUUACCGACCCCGGCGGGCCGUUUGUGUCCUCCAAACGGCUGAAAAUGUCCAGCAGCACCAAUGCCCCUGGCCAGAGGAGAGUGUCUCGGGGCUUGGAUGAUGCCACCAACAAGAAGAAGCAGAAGGAUCGAGCCAACCAGGAGAGCAAGGAAGUGUCUCGCCCUGAGCUCGAGCAGGCUGAGACUACCCAGGAGAAGGACUCAGAGGAGGAGCUGCUGCUGGACUGGAAGCAGAAUGCUGAUGAGAUCAUUGUCAAGCUGAACUUGGGCAGUGGAGCUCUGAAGGUGGAGGAUGUGGAUGCUGCUUUCACUGACACAGACUGUGUAGUCAAACUACCAGACGGGCGCCAGUGGAGCUGUCAAUUCUACGAGGAGAUUGAGAGCUCCUGCAGCAAGGUCCAGUGCAAGAAGGGCAACUUUCUACAGCUUGUGCUUCAGAAGAAGAUCCCACUGCAUACCUGGUCUUCGCUUCUGAAGAGAAGGAAAGACGGAUCCAAAGAGCUGGCCAAAGGGGCUGUGUGCUGGGAGAACGGGAAGGAGAAGGCUGCUUCUGCAGAGCUGACCCCUGAAGAGCCAGGGACUGAAGGCACAGAGCCACUGAGGUCCCGGCGGGAGCCCUCCAACCCCAAGCGUGCUCCAGGAAGAAGCGAGGCCCUGGGAGGGAAAAGCCCAGCCAGCCCAGGGACACAGAGUGGCCCCAGUGCCAAGCGGGCAGUAUACCUCAAAGUGGCUCCCACUGAAGAGGAGCCGAAUGCCAGAGUCACUGGGAGUGUGGAGCCCAGCAAAGGGCACAGUGGGAGGGCAGGCAGCCGCCGCAAUGGCAGAGCCAGCCAGGUCGAUGCCCCCACAGCCCUCACGGACCUCACACCACCGCUGGAGAAGGCUGUGGGUUUGGCCAAGGAGACUGUUCCCGUGGAGAUGCCACCUCUUGCGGCUACCACAGAAGUGUUCCCCCACCGUCUUGCCACCUGUGUGGAGAAGAGAGUCCUGCAGCCAGGCAGCCCUGCUGAGGCUUUGCGGGGCUGGGACUGCAUGCCUGUCCUGGGAGAGAGUUCUAAGACUGUCUCAGCAGCCACUCCUCCCCUGGGCAGAGAUGGUGAGAAGCGGGACUGGUCCAAGGAUGAUGUGGCUCUGGAAGCAGCGGCUAAUGAGCCAGAGCCUUUUGUGAGCCUGACCUUUGUCAAGAAUGACUCAUAUGAGAAGGGCAAUGACCUGGUGGUAGUGCAUGUCUAUGUGAAGGAGAUCCACAAGGAGACGUCUAAGGUGCUGUUCCGGGAGCAAGACUUCACACUGGUAUUCCAGACAAGUGACACAAACUUCCUUCGCCUCCAUCCUGGCUGCGGGCCCCACACAGUGUUCCGGUGGCAGGUGAAACUCAGGAACCUUAUUGAGCCGGACCAGUGCACAUACAACUUCACAGUGUCUCGCAUCGAUGUCUGCCUGAAAAAACGCCAGAGCCAGCGCUGGGGGGGGCUGGAGGCUCCAGCCACACGAGGUGCAGUGGGUGGUGCAAAGGUUGCCAUGCCUACAGGCCCUACCCCUCUGGACAAGAAUCCCCCGGGCAGUAACCAGCACCCACUGUCCAGCAAGGAGGAAGCCCGAGCCAGUGACAAAGAGAAGCCGCGUGUGGAAGAUGGGGGUCUGGAUGGUGUGGCAGCCCGUACGGCCCCAGAGCAUGUGGCAGUGAAGCAAGAGCCACACAUCCCCUCACCCAAACCAACGUGCAUGGUGCCACCGAUGACACACAGCCCGGUGAGCACUGAGAGCGUGGAGGACGAUGAGGAUGAGGAUGAGAAGAAGAAGGUGUGCCUGCCUGGCUUCACAGGGCUGGUGAACCUGGGCAACACCUGCUUCAUGAACAGCGUCAUCCAGUCCCUGUCUAACACCCGGGAGCUGCGUGACUACUUCCAUGAUCGGUCCUUUGAGUCAGAAAUCAACUACAACAACCCGCUGGGGACAGGGGGACGCCUGGCCAUCGGCUUUGCCAUGCUGCUGCGAGCGCUGUGGAAGGGCACACACCAUGCCUUCCAGCCCUCUAAACUGAAGGCAAUCGUGGCCAGCAAGGCCAGCCAGUUCACUGGCUAUGCCCAGCAUGAUGCUCAGGAGUUCAUGGCCUUCCUGCUCGAUGGCCUGCAUGAGGACCUCAACCGGAUCCAGAAUAAGCCCUACACAGAAACUGUUGACUCAGAUGGGAGGCCUGAUGAGGUGGUAGCUGAGGAGGCCUGGCAGCGACACAAGAUGAGGAACGACUCUUUCAUUGUGGACCUUUUCCAGGGCCAGUACAAAUCCAAGCUGGUGUGCCCAGUGUGUUCCAAGGUGUCCAUCACUUUUGACCCCUUCCUGUACCUCCCCGUGCCCCUCCCGCAGAAGCAGAAGGUGCUGACUGUCUACUACUUUGCAAAGGAGCCGCACAAGAAACCCAUCAAGUUUCUCGUGAGUAUCAGCAAGGAGAACUCCAGUGCCAUGGAGGUACUUGACUCGGUGGCCCAUAGUGUGCGUGUGAAACCAGAGAACCUGCGCCUGGCAGAGGUGAUCAAAAAUCGCUUCCACCGCAUGUUCCUGCCAUCCAACUCACUGGACACAGUCUCCCCCACGGACCUGCUGCUCUGCUUUGAGGUGCUGUCCCCAGAGCUGGCCAAGGAGCGGGUGGUGGAGCUGCAGGUCCAGCAGCGCCCGCAGGUGCCCAGCGGCCCCAUCGCCAAGUGUGCGGCCUGCCAGAAGAAGCAGCUGCCGGAGGAUGAAAAGCUCCGGCGCUGCACAAGGUGCUAUCGAGUCGGUUACUGCAACGUGGCAUGUCAGAAAACACACUGGCCAGACCACAAGGCUUUGUGCCGCCCCGAGAACAUCGGUUUCCCCUUCCUCAUCAGCGUGCCGGAGUCCCGCCUCACCUACACCCGCCUGGCCCAGCUGCUGGAGGGCUACGCAAGGUACUCAGUCAGCGUGUUCCAGCCUCCGUUCCAGCUGGGGCGGGUGUCACCAGAGCAGGGACUGCAGCCUCUGCUCCCAGACAAGCUGGAGCCCCUAGCCAAGAGCAGCUGUGCAGCAGCCACCUCUGUCCCUGAGCUGGGGGAUGGGGACAGGGCUUCCAGCCUCCUGCAGGAGCCCCCGCUCUCACCAGCUGUGCCUGAGCUGCACCCGGAGCUGGGGGACACCAGCACUGUCCGGAGCAAGGUCUUAGCAGCCAGGAGUUCCCUGCUGAGCUUGGAUUCGGGCUUCUCUGAGCACAUGGAGUCGCAGGGCGACAGUUGUUGUGAGAAGGAGCCAUCCUAUGAGAGAGCCCUCAAGCCAGAAGCUGCCAUCCCUGGGUACCAACACACUCCAGACUCGCUGAGUGCCCGCGCCACGCAGUUCUACAUCAACAAGAUCGACACUGCCAACCGAGAGCACAAGCUGGAAGAUAAAGGUGACACCCCCCUGGAGCUGACAGAUGACUGCUCCCUCGCGCUGGUGUGGAAGAACAAUGAACGCCUCAAGGAGUUUGUGUUGGUGGAGUCCAAGGAGCUGGAGUGCGUGGAGGACCCGGGCUCAGCCAGCGAAGCAGCCCGGGCUGGCCACUUCACCCUGGAGCAAUGCCUCAAUCUCUUCACCAAGCCCGAAGUCCUGGCCCCAGAGGAAGCAUGGUACUGCCCCAAGUGCAAGCAGCACCGUGAGGCCUCCAAGCAGCUGAUGCUGUGGCGGCUGCCCAACGUCCUCAUCAUCCAGCUCAAGCGCUUCUCCUUCCGCAGCUUUAUUUGGAGGGACAAGAUCAAUGACAUGGUGGACUUCCCUGUCCGGAGCCUGGACUUGAGCAAGUUCUGCAUUGGUCGGAAGGGUGAGCAGCAGCUGCCCAUGUAUGACCUGUACGCUGUGAUCAACCACUAUGGAGGUAUGAUUGGGGGACACUACACAGCGUACGCCCGCCUGCCCAACGACAAGAACAGCCAGCGCAGCGAUGUGGGCUGGCGGCUCUUCGAUGACAGCACAGUCACCACUGUGGAUGAGAGCCAAGUGGUAACCAGAUACGCAUAUGUCCUCUUCUACCGCCGGAGGAACUCUCCUGUGGAGAGACCCCUGCCAGGACACCCCCCAGACCACCGAGCUGAGCACACCCCAUCUGCCGAAGCUGCUGCCAGCCAGGCUUCUCUGAUCUGGCAGGAACUGGAGGCUGAAGAACAAGAGCUGCAGCUUGAGGCACCCCAAAGGCCUGCAAGAAACUCCUGGAGGCCCCGUGGCCAGAAGCGGAGUCCAGGCACACCCCAGCACCCAGACGAAGGCUGCAUCAGAUACUUUGUCCUGGCUACCACAGCUGCAAUUGUGGCACUCUUCCUGAACGUCUUCUACCCGCUCAUUUACCAGACCCGCUGGAGAUAGGCACAGGCAUGUGGCCAGCUGCGGGAGCAGGGCUGCCACGGCACGCGCCACCCUCGGACGCUAUGUGAUGAAGAUGUCGGGCGGCAGGACAGAAACUACAGGGAAGGACUCACUGAGGGAAGCAUGGGGCCAUCGGCUCCUGCCUGUCUGCUUUGGCAUCUCCUGUGUCAACUGGCAGGGCUGCGUGGCCAGCCCGCUGCCUUGCCAAAGUGCAGCCCAGAACCCUCUGCCCUCCCUCACCCUUGCUGCCUGCUGGGAGCAGGGCAGACCUCAUAACUACUUGCUGCUCAGGAAGGGAUGAUGCUGCUGCAGUAUGGCCGGGGCCUGGGAGCCCCCCAGGAACAUCUAGCACUGCGUCUUGGCUCCCAAGAAAGAAAUGGAGACCUGCCGGGAGGCUGCAGCAAGGGAAGGAUGCCCUGACACGGGUCCUGGUCUGGCUGCCUCUCCUAGCUGUGCUGCUGCAGGAGCGUUGUGCUCCUCAGGGCUGGCGUGACCUGCAGCUCCUGGGCCAGCCUGGUCCCUCCUGCCUGCCUCCUGCUGAGCCUCCUGGUGCCAGCUGCCAGCGCACCAGGAGUUGUACACACCACACCCCUGCGCUGGGGUCGAAUGCGCUUGUCACCCAGGGCUUGUGUGCUUCUCUGCUCAGCUCUGCUGCAGCUCCUCUCCCCUGGGCAGCUGCUGGGAAGCCUGGCAAUCUGGGCUGGGGUGCCCAUGGUCAGCACCUGCCUCCUUGGGCUGCCGGCUCCCACCCACACUGUGGGGCACGUGGGCUGUCCCUGCUUGGCCCGGGCUGCCUUUGUCCAGAGGGGGCUGGCUCUCUGGUGGUGGAGUGCAGUGCAGCACUGCAUUUGCGAGGGGACCGGCUGUCCAUGCUGCAGGAGAGGCAUGGGGUCGGGGAGUGCAGGGAGGACCUUGAUGUGUUAAUAAAGCCAGGUUUUCCAAAGAGAUGCAGCAUCCCUGUCUGUGUGAUGGGACCCCCAGACAGCGACAGGGACUCUGUGCUGGAGCCAGUGCCCUUCCUCUGCCUGAGGUGACUCUCUCCAGCCCAGCUGGCAUGGGGACCAUGCCCUGGGCUCUGCUUGGGUGCCUGGCACACCCUUAGCAGCAGUGGGCUCAGGGGAAAGCUCUGCCUGCUGGUGCUGUGGGGCAUAGGCUGGGCUCCCGCUCCCCAGCCAUGGGGCGGCAGCCCCAGCAGGGGACGAGCAGGCCAUGGGGAGCCCGGCAGUGCGCAGCCCUGUGGGGCUGGGGCACAGGCUGCAGCUCCAUCUGUGUCUGACAUUGAGACGUGUUGCCCUUGGCCGAGCGUGGCUCAGACUGCUCUGGUGUGUUCGGGUGUGAGGGGUGACUUCAGAGCCCUGUGACUUCCUUUUCCAUUGCCACUGCUGUCCCACCGGCAGUGCCCUUGGCUGGCUCAGGAAGGAUGCUUGGCAGGGGAGGAGCUCGCCUGCGUUUCCGGCUGGGGCUUGAGCCGGACAGGAAAGCCCAGGGCUCCCCCAUCCUCAGUCCUGCACCCCUCUUGCAAGGGAGCCCAGCAGGGCCAUGCCGUGGUCAUGCGGUGCCAGUCCUGGAACAGUCGCCUCAUUGUCUGCAGCCCUGGGCUUGGCAACUUUGCCCACUCGCCCACGGCGCUGGCCUCGUGGGGCUGAGUCAGUGCCCGGCACUGGUGGGGUGACCUCUGCUCUGGCUGGCGCUGGCACCCUGGGGUUGUGGCCCACAAGCUGCUGCCUGCACACCCUCCCUGGAGGUGGGUGGCCAGCAGUGAGGCCUGGGCUAGGUGCUUUGGAAAUCCCCUAUGGUCCUGCACUGUUGCUCAGAAGGCAGCAGGUGCUGGCAGCCUGCCCCGUGGCUCACCGCUUGCUGCCCGGGCUGGCUGGGUGCCCGCGCCAGGGCGCGGGGCUCUGCUCAGACCAGCCCUGGCUGCGGCAGCCCCGGGGGCACAAGUGCCGGGCUGGGGAGAGGCAGCAGUGCUGGGGCUGGGCUGGGCUGAGCAUGCUGCAGCCUGGCUCUCCUCCGGCGGGCAGGUGGGAGCUACCGCUGGGGGCUGUGGGCAUGCUGCCUUCCCCCUGCCCUGCUGCUGGGGGCUGGCACUGGCUGCUGCUCUCCAGCACACGGGGCCACAGGUGCUGCGUGGUGUCCCUACCCCGAGGAACCGUGUUCCCCCAGGAGUGGGAGGGACUAGACCGGUAGGCAGGGUGCUGGGCCCCCUCUCGUGCCCCUGGUCUCCCU